GACACAUGUCAUUUUGUAAACAGUUGCCAUGCUUUUACUCGAAACGUAUCCACUGUGAUUAAAAGUGUCAUACUACUACACUAUUACACAGUUUCAGGUUUAUACACAUCUGCCGGUGAGCAUUUUUACAGUGGUUGUCCUGAUUUAUAGCUUGCGAAGUUAGCUUCAGCGUUAUAAGGACAAUAAAUAGCUGUUUGGUUCACUGUAAAUACUUCAUAGACCGCAAAUACAAGUGUUACAACGUUAGUCACCGGUUCAGCAAAUCAGCAAUGUGGUCCAUCUGACUUUUGUGAUAUUAGAGAACGAAUUACGAAGAAUGUCUCUCCGAGUUUUAACCCAGGAUUCAGCAGAUCGUGGGAGUCAAAGAUGCAGAGUGGGCUUAGGCUUGAUGUCAACCCAUGGACUUAAUUUGGGUUCUCCUGUGCUUGUGUAUAUUGCGGGAGGAACAUGCCUAUGUACCGCCUGGCCCAGAAGUGACCUGACCGAGGGCUUCAUACAGAUCGAUCUGAAAUGUGUCACUCCAAAUCUGAUAGCUCAACCAUCUCUUAAACUCUCCCUCGGUCCCAGUCAGCUCACACCUCUAACCUGCUCCAAGCUGAGACACAUUAAGGUCACUGUGGUUGUCCAGAGUGUAGACUUUAGGAAAAAAACGCCUCUACACAUCAUCAUUGAACUUGUGAAGGACAUGAUGAAAGGUGUUUACGUGCGGAAGAAACACGUCGUCAACGUUGAGGAUUGGGAUGCAGAAAUUAAAUACGUUGUCGUUGAGGAAGUCAGCCCAGAUUGUGAUGAUGCUGGAUUGGUCACAGCCAAGACCAGCGUGAACAUAGUGGGAACCCAGACACAAAGACACUUCCAAAGGCAGCUGCGAGACAAGCCAGUGGAUCCACUGGGUGGGCUGGACGAGGUGUGUGCAUCCCUGCGAGAGAUGUUGGAGCUGCCUCUGUUCUACCCGAGUACCCUGAGCUCCCUGGGGGUGUCCUGCCCCAGAGGGGUGCUCCUGGCCGGGCCCCCCGGCGUGGGGAAGACCCAGCUGGUGCGCAGAGUGGUGGGGGAGGUGGGGGCCAGCCUGGUGGUGGUCAGAGGACCGGAGGUGGUGGGGUCGCGGCCCGGCGAGAGCGAGGAGGCGCUGCGGGCCGUGUUCGCGCGGGCCCGGGCCGAGGCCGACGAGGGUCCGUGCGUCCUGUUCCUGGACGAGGUGGACUCCCUGUGCCCCAGGAGGACGGGCUCGUCGGCGCCGGAGAACCGCGUGGUGGCCCAGCUCCUCACCCUGAUGGACGGGAUGGACCAAUCGGAUCGCUUCCUCAUCGUCGGCGCCACCAACCGGCCGGACAGCCUGGACCCCGCCCUGCGCCGGCCCGGGAGGUUCGACCGAGAGGUGGUCAUGGGAGCACCCACCCAGCAGCAGAGGGAGGCCAUCCUGGGUGUACUCUGCGGGAAGAUGCCGCUGGCCCCCAGCGUGGACAUGGCCGACCUGGCUCAGAGGACGGUCGGAUACGUGGGGGCGGACCUCGGAGCCCUGAGCAGAGAGGCGGCCAUGUGCGCCAUCCGACACAACGCGCAGAGAUCUGGAGGGCAGGAAAUAGAUAUGAGUCACUUCCAGCAAGCACUGAAGACGGUGCUUCCUUCCUGCCUGCGGAGCAGCCUGGGCAGGACGGACUUGGCUCCGGUCUCAUGGGAGCAGAUAGGAGGCCUGCAGGACGUCAAACUCAAACUCAUACAGAGCAUUGAGUGGCCGAUGAAGCACCCGGACGCCUUCAUGCGCCUGGGCCUGAGUCGGCCGCGGGGGGUGCUGCUCUACGGACCCCCGGGGUGCGCCAAGACCACCCUGGUGAGGGCCGCCGCCGCCGCCUCCCACUGCUCCUUCCUGUCCGUCAGCGGGGCCGACCUCUACUCGCCCUACGUGGGCGACUCCGAGAGGGCUCUCGCUCAGCUGUUUCAGCAGGCGCGGGCCUGCACCCCUUGUAUCCUGUUCCUCGAUGAGAUCGACACUGUGAUUGGCUCACGGUCCGGCGGUGAGUCGCCCAACAGCGUGCAGACGCGCCUCCUCUCCGUGCUCCUGAACGAGCUGGACGGGGUGGGCUUUAAGACCCUGGAGAGACGAGGGACACAGAGGGUUCUACAGGCAGAGGGGCACGAGCAGAGUCCUGCAGACCAACAGAAAUUGGAUUACCAAGAGGUCUGCAACAAAGACGUGAUGAUCAUAGCAGCAACUAACCGACCAGACGCCCUGGACAGCGCCCUCCUGAGGCCUGGAAGGCUAGACCAGAUCAUAUAUGUCCCUCCUCCUGACCCAGAGGCUCGCCUGGCCAUCCUGAGGGUGUGUACAGGAUCAAUGCCCGUCGACGCAGAUGUGUGUUUGGAAGAACUUGCCGCCAAGACAGAGCUUUACUCUGGAGCAGACCUAGAAAAACUGUGCAAAGAGGCUGCUCUGUUGACUCUGCAAGACGAGGGCAUGGACGCAUGUUCGAUCAAACACACAAACUUCUUGAAGUCUCUGGACGCGAUGAGCCCCUCCCUCACAGCCCAACAGAUCAACACCUACCAGACACCACUCUCGUGACGAAUUACAGUUUAUGAUUUUAUCUGCUUCCUUGUUGGAAUAAAGUCAACAAACCUGUAUGCCUCAAAGCAGUCUCUCAUUUGUCCUGCCAUUUUAAAACACUUUAUGCAGAAUUCCCCCUGACCAUCCCACUAGAGACGUAGCACUGAAAUCCUUACAACAAUCAUAAAGUAGAACAUGAUUCAUCUAACCAACAAGGGACAGAAGAGGGCAGUAUUAACUGAGUAAAAGGUUGAACUCAAGCCAAGUUCAAUCACAUUAGGUAUCAGCUUCCAGCCAUUGAAAUACCAGACAGGAAGUUGUGAGUGUGUGGACGUGCCUGGGCGCUCGUAGCGUCGCUAGGGUAGACUACAUCAGACGACGGAGCUGCAUUCAGAAUCCUCAAGACACCCUGCAACA